GUUGAUUUUAUUUAAACUGUGAAUACAAAGCUAUAUAUAUCUCUGAACAACAGUACACGGUCAGUAUUGCGGCUUAACGGGCCCUGUCACCGGGCUAGUGACCGUCUAACGCGAUAACAAACACAUCUACAAUGGCAUUCGUUUCGACUACAAGUGUUCUGUUUAUGUUAUUCAUAUUGACUUCCGCAAAAUCUAUACCAAAUUAUAUCGAGAAUCGAAUAAAUUUAAUCGAAAGUGAAGUGGACAUGCAAUUAGGAAGUGAUGUGAUUUUAAACGAUGAUGAGAAACAAGCCAACGAAAUAUUAAUGCAUUGGAAACAAAAGGAAAUCGAAGAAUCGUUUCGCAAUCCGCAACAUUUCAAUUUCUCGAAACAUUAUUUUGCGUACAAGAACGAUAUACCUAAAUCUAAAGUAUAUCAAAUCAUAAAGCGAAUGCCUAAAGGUGCGGUACUACACGUGCAUAGCUCUUUGAUGCUUAGUGCAGAUCGCUUGCUGAAUUUGACCUACGAAGAACACCUGUAUAUGUGUAACGAUGACGGUGAUUUGCAAUUUAGAUUCUCAGAGGACACUCCCAAAUCACCUUGUUCUAUCGACUGGGUACUGCUGAAGGAUCUAAGAAAUUUAAAUGGUGCAAAAUUCGAUGAAUCGUUAAAAGAAUAUUUAACUCUAUUUUCUGAGUCUGAUAGUGUUUGUAGCAAAACAAACGAUAUUAACUCGAUCUGGCGCAAAUUUGAAAAAGUAUCAAACUUAGUAUCCCAACUAAUUAUUUAUAGACCGGUAACUGAAAAGUUCUUUUACGAAGCGUUGAUUGAAUUUUACGAAGAUAACAUACAGUAUAUUGAAAUAAGAAGCGGUUUGAAAACUCUGUACGAAUUAAACGGAACGGUGCAUGACAAAUUGUAUAUGCCGAGAUUGUACCGUGAAGUGGCGGAGCGUUUUAAAAGAGAUCAUCCGGACUUUGUGGGCGUUAAAUUGAUUGUGACCAGACACAGACUAAAGACAGAUGAAGAGAUACGCAAGACUAUAAAUAUGGCUAGACAGGUGAAGCAAGAAUUGCCGUCUUUUUUUGCUGGGUUCGAUCUCGUCGGGCAGGAAGAUUUGGGUAGACCGUUGUCUGAUAUACUGCCUUUCUUGGCAGAAGCGAAGAAUGACUUACAAUAUUACUUCCAUGGAGGUGAAACUAACUGGUACGGGACUUCAGCUGAUGAGAAUCUGUUUGAUGCUGUUCUUUUAGGAUCGAAGCGUAUAGGUCACGCAUACGGUCUGAUUAAGCAUCCAUCUUUGCUGAUGGCUGUGAAACAGAAAGAUAUAGCGUUGGAAGUGAAUGUAGUAUCAAAUGUGGUCUUAGGUUUAGUGCAUGAUGUGAGGAAUCAUCCGUUAGCGACGUAUUUAGCGCUAGGUCUGCCGGUCGUGUUAUCUAGUGACGAUCCAGGAGUAUGGGGCGCAGAUCCAUUGUCCCACGACUUUUAUAUAACUUUCGUGGGUGUUGCGAGCAAACGCGCCGACUUACGUCUUCUGAAACAACUGGCUAUUAAUUCUAUUAAGUAUAGUACGUUAAAUAUACAACAUAAGGAAAUAUUGUUCAGAGUAUUUUAUUCUAAAUGGGAUGUCUUUAUCAAACAGGUACUAACUAUGAGUGCAACUCUUUGAGGUAUAGAUAAAUGCAAUUUAUUAUAUUACUUUAUAAGAAUUCUGUAUAGAA